AUGAAGUCUCGAAAUCUUUACGGUCCCGUUCAUUUGUCGAAUGUGAAGGCAACAUGGGGAGGCUCAACAGGAGGUGUUUUAGCUGUGCGUUUCGUUUGUCGCUUAUCAUUGCUAAUCCUGUUCAAUGGGGGUGUCGUGUUGAGCAAGGACGUACCAGAGGCGUUGUCUCAAGAGGGCUCUUCUAAAUUGGCAGCAGGAGCAUAUCGGGCCCCCGCAACUUUUGAGGGGGAAGAAAAAUGGGACCAGAGCUACAUUUUCAACCCAUCCCCUGCAUUCUGGAAGCCUUUUGAGUCCUUUCGCGUAUCGUCUUUUCCCCCACACGACUUAGGUCACCACCCACGGGAACCGCACCGGCUUAUAUUUGCUUCGUGCAAUAGACAACCAGAAGGGCUGGAUGAGGAGCAUGAUUUGGAAGGGCGGCGUGUCUGGAAAUACAUCAGCCGCCGAAAGCCUCGGGCUUUUCUUUGGAUGGGGGACAAUGUAUAUGCGGAUCACAUGCAGCUUCCAACUGCAAAAGAUUCGAGGAAUUUUUUGUGGAAGCUUUCGGAGGGGAAGAAACCAAUCCCGCCACCAGGCCUCAUCGCAGCAUACAAUAGUCAACUUGCCAAUAACGAAUAUAGGGAAUUCUUGAAGAGAGUACCUGCUGUUGUAGGGACUUGGGAUGACCAUGAUAUGGGUGAAGACAAUGCCAACAAGAUGUACUCUUUCAAAUAUGAAUCGAAGGAAGCCAUGCUCGACUUCUUGGGCGUAAGCAGAUCUGAGGCCAUUCGCUCGCUAGAAUGGAGAGGCGUGUACUCAUCUCACCAAAUCUACCUGGGGGAAGAUUUGACUGUUAAAUUGAUUUUUCUUGACCUGCGCUUUGAAAAAGAUAGCUGGUGGCUCAUGGAUCUCGGUGACAUGCUUGGAGAGCAGCAGUGGGCGUGGCUACAGCAGGAACUUCAAAUGUCGACGGCAGAUGUCAAUGUAAUUGUCUCAUCCCUGCAGACGUUUGCUAAUCACAGAUUAGUAACAGAGACCUGGAGUCACUUCCCAUGGGCUCGAGAGCGGCUUUUUGCGCUUCUAGCAGGCUCUGCUGCUAAAACACCGAUUAUCCUCUCAGGGGACACGCACUAUGCGGAGUUUGCAGCUGUACAUUGCCAGCGCCUCCCCGAAAACUGGUGCCUUAACGAGCCAGAAGCCAGAAGCUUUUUGACUGCAUUCCACAAUCUUACAACUGGGAAUCCUACUCCCCUCCAGCAACUACGGCGACUGGCUGACUCUGAUGGCGAUGAGCUGGAUCUGAAGCAAGGACAAGCUGAAGGCCACAAAACGAGCAGUGGCUGCGAUCCUUCAUUGCAAUGCUGUAUUCCAUUGCACACCGAAUCACCUCUCUUCCGGUGGAUUCCUCGCCACCUCCCAUUUUUCUUGUUAGCCCUUUUCCGUGUUGCAACGAAGCCAAAUGUGUUUGCUCCGAGGCAAGAAUGGAGGCGCCCACGGGCGCCUGCCUUUUCUGGGGCAUUCCCGGCGCCGCCAUUUGUUCCUGAUGAAGUGGAGCAGGAUGAGUGGCUCAGCGAAGACCACUCAAACAAUACAGGGCCUCGUUUGCUCUACACGGAGCGCAAUUUCGGGGAGCUUGAAUUCAUCGAAAACCCGCUGAACAUUGUUUUGUUUCCUUCUGUGGACGAAAAUGCGGCAUCACAGCAAGACGAUGCUUUACAGAGCUCGGGAGGCAACUCUGGGUCGACUGUUCAGCUUCUUCGUGUGAGGGAGAAAAAUGAAACACUGCGUGACAUUCAUAAUCAGCGGCAGCAGAAACGGCCACUAAACUUGCAUCGUGAAUUGACCCGGAGCCUUUCGGUUAAGUUUCAAGACAAACUUCAGAAAUAUAAGGAGCAGCGCAAGCGCCUGGUGAAUGAGCUGCAAACGAAGCGUUAUGAGCGCGCGACAUUUUUGGAGCGUCUCAUGGAUCUGUCACAUGACUUUGAGACUUACACGUGGUCCGCGCUCGGUGAUAAUGCAAUAUUGUUUUCGCGAUUGUUACAGCUCCACUCAGCGCUGCUCGUGAGCCACGCUUGUGAAGAUGAGGGGUCAGAUGGCGUGGACAUCAACUCAACGCGUACAAGGAAUAAGUUAUUCGAUUCAUGCAGCCUGCUUACUCCGUGGAGUGCUGUUCCAAGCGUGCCGAAGUCGAAGUCCCUCGUUGAUUCAGUUUUUCGUUGGCUGUGGGACAAGAUAUUCGAAUUGGAUUCCCGCCGAAAAGCGUAUAGAAAUAGCCUUCCCUUUGGUGAUGCUGCAGUUCUGCGCCUCAGUGCCGCAACAGAUCAGCUAGCACGCAUGUCUGCAAAGCUACGCGCUGCUAGGCUAGCCAGUGCAGCAGCUUCAAGGCGAUUACUGCCGCGUAAAAUCAUUCACACACGGUUUCUUGCGGUAAAGAAUUCUCACUCAUUGACGUCGAAGGAGAGCAAAGUGAUGCAUCGGCUGCUCGUUCACGGGCUGUUCUCUGCAGCAAGUGAUGGGCUAUUACGACGGGCGUGCAUGCAGCUACAAAGCCCGCGACGACAACAACAGCGUGAGGAGAUAAAUGAGUUAUUUCAUCGGGGAGUGGCAAGCCAGCCUGCCGACGCAGGCGCCUUCGCUGAUCUCGAUGCAGAUCUUCAUUUGGUAUGCACUGUUGUGGAUAUACCCGCAGUUUAUCGUCAGCCAAGUGCGGGAAAAGCUUCCCUUUCUCCGCUAGAGGAAGGAAUAUCUGUCACUAACCGAGGGGCCCGUGCAGUAGCCGACAGUUGGAUGCUUGUGGAACUGCUGGAGACGAAGACAUGGAUCCUUUCACGGACUUUUGACGCGGUCACAGGGCGUCUUGCGAAGGAGAAGCUCCUGUCUUCAUUUGCUUCGAAACAGCGAGAGCGUCAGGGUGGUAUUGGCCAGUGGACCUGUCAAGGCUGGAGGGGCCCCACGGAAAGUCGCAUGUAUUUGUGUCACCUCUGUAUACUAAUUGCAUCUUUGCUUGCUCUCGGCCUAGUGAGUAUCAUCAUCAUUGGCAUUAUUCUACUCGCCUGUAAAGUGGUUGCGAGGGCACUGGCUUUCGUGCGGGCAAUCUGUAGGGGCAGAAGCGCUACGUCAAGUAAACAUACUUGUACCGUACCUACAGGCCAGCGUGUGAAGAAUUCGCCACAGCACCGCAUCUCGAUGUCCAAGAUGCCGUCUGUUGAUUGA